AUGUCCAGAGCUUGCCUUCGCGGCUUCGGCCUCACCGCAGGAGCUUCACGGAGACAAGCGACCUAUCUUACGGGCUCCGCGGCGAGCAGGAGGACGGUCACCACAGAUGCCGCGAGCUCACACGCCGAGAAGGAUGAUGUACCAGAUGACGAUGAGGCACCCUUUCCCGUCAAGCUCUCCGACGAGUCCUUCGAGACAUACGAGCUCGACCCUCCCCCGUACACACUCAACACUACCAAGAAGGAACUGAAACAGAUGUACUAUGACAUGGUCGCUGUCCGACGAAUGGAAAUGGCCGCCGAUCGUCUCUACAAAGAAAAGAAGAUCCGCGGCUUCUGCCACUUGUCAACCGGUCAAGAAGCCGUCGCCGUCGGUAUCGAGCACGCCAUCACUAAAGAAGACGCCAUCAUCACUGCCUACCGCUGCCACGGUUUCGCCCUCAUGCGCGGCGGCACCGUCAAGUCUAUCAUCGGCGAGCUCCUUGGUCGACGGGAAGGUAUCGCGUACGGUAAGGGUGGGUCUAUGCACAUGUUCGCCAAGGGCUUCUACGGUGGCAACGGUAUUGUGGGCGCGCAGGUGCCUGUUGGUGCAGGUAUUGCGUUCGCACAUCAAUAUACUGGCUCCAAGACUACGACACUGGCGUUAUACGGUGAUGGUGCGUCUAAUCAGGGCCAAGUCUUCGAGGCAUUCAACAUGGCUAAGCUCUGGAAUCUGCCUAUCCUCUUCGGCUGCGAGAACAACAAAUACGGCAUGGGCACAUCAGCGGCGCGCUCCUCCGCGUUGACCGAAUACUACAAGCGUGGACAGUACAUACCCGGUCUGAAGAUUAACGCCAUGGACGUCCUGGCUGUGAAAGCUGCGGUCCAAUACGGUCGCGAAUACACAGUCGAGGAGAAGGGUCCCCUGGUGCUCGAAUACGUCACAUACCGAUACGGUGGUCACUCCAUGUCCGACCCCGGCACAACCUACCGCACACGUGAGGAGAUUCAGCGGAUGCGCUCAACGAAUGACCCCAUCGCUGGCCUCAAAAUGAAGAUUCUGGACUGGGGUGUCUGCAGUGAAGACGAGCUGAAGGGUCUGGACAAGAAGGCGCGUGAGGCGGUGGACAAGGAGGUUGCGGAGGCCGAGGCUAUGGAUGUGCCGGAGACGACGCCGCAGGUGUUGUUCGAGGACAUUUAUGUUAGGGGGUCGGAGCCGCCUUAUCUCAGGGGACGGACGCCGGAUGAGACCUUUUACUAUGACCAAGCCGACAUCAGCAAGACCCGAUCGCCGCCGGCGGGACACCCGGAGGCCAGCAUGCGUAGCGCGAGUGCUUGA